ACCGCCGUCAGAGUGGACUACUGCUGCCAUAUUGGAGUGGCUUAGAGAGGUUACUUGGAAUUAUUCAAUCACCUUUGUCGACUCGUCAACGAAUUUCUUUGAUGGCCGCCAAAAACGACCAUCUGAUCGGAAGUCCUCAUGGCAACGACCAUCUUCCACGGCCAGAGAUUGCCUUCAUCUCAGGACCCAUCGACACUGGACCGAAUGAGAUUUAUUUUCAUACUCAUUACGUCCCUCGCAUUCAAGAAGCUGUCGAGCAGGGUCACGAUUUUGUCAUCGGUCCCCUCCCGAGCGGCGUCGAUGCCGAUGCCCUGGAUUAUCUACUCGCCUGUCCUAUAGCCCCGAGUCGCAUCACUAUCUUCGUAACUCCCGGGGAGGCGAAUACGUGGGGAGCUCGAUUUCGCGCCCUGUCAGUCAAUCUGCGUGUGGUUGAAGGCCAGAUGACUCGGGAACGCGACGCAGCCAUGACCCAAGCUAGCACGUACGAUAUCCUACGGGUGCGAACUGUGGAGGAGGUAAAGGAAAUUUACGGCGAGAGGGCUCGUCACGGAUAUGUGACAAACACGGAGCGCAAUUGGCGAAGACGCAGAGGUAUCGCGGAGGACUUGUCGAUUAGUGCAGAAGAGAUCAAUUGCUCCCUGGGGUAUUAUCCAGCAUCGAAGGUCCCAUCUCGACCGGAGGGGAAGCAGGGGCUCGUGGGACAGUUGAAGCAAGCCUUAAAACGUGACCGAUAGACGAAGAAAUGAAUUGAAGACCAAUAGCAUAUUGCGGUACUUGGUUUGAUGCAUGUACCGAGCAUUGUGAUUAUACAGAAAGGGGCAAAAAGCUAACAUGUAGAGUGAUUGAUUAACAAAAAGAAAAUGAAAGAAAAAAGAUGAC